UAAAACGUAAAAACACGGCUUAGAGAAAAUCUGUUCCAAUCCUCGCUUCGUUUUCGUGUCGAGAACAAUCUUCUCCCCAUCAAACCCUAACCCUAACUCACAGAUUUGAGUUUUGAUCACACCAAAUCAAUCAAUCAAUCCGAGAAAAUGCUUCAAUCUCCAGGGCACUCGCCGCUCCACAUCUCGUCGCCGUCCCCUUCAAUUUCCCAGGUAUCGGCGCAAAACCCUAACGAUCCACCAUCAUCAUCGUGUGCGAAGCACCCAGCGGUGUUGGACGAGGACACGUACGUUGAGGCGUUGGAGAAGAUCAUCGAGCGCGACUACUUCCCCGACAUCUCCAAGCUCCGCGACCGCCUCGACUGGCUCGAAGCCAUCAAAACCGGCGACCCCGUGGUCAUUCGCGAGGCCCAAUUGAAGAUCCUUGAACGCCGCGCCGGCACAACCAAGGUAACCAAUCCCAACGAUGCUUCUAGAACAACCUCCCACACACCCGGUUCCACAUUCGUUAGAAAUUUCACACCUUUCGAUGAAUUUGACGGAAAACCCUCUCAAACCCCCCGUGCCCCGGUUCCCGAGGCCAAAGAGGGGGAGAAUAACGAUGGUGGGGUUGAUACUUCGCUUGGCCUCGAUCAAUUUAUGAGAAGGUAUACGAGUGAGGACAAUCAUAGCUUUUCGAAGAUUCUAGAGAAAGUGAAUAAGAAGAGGAAAGAGAGGUUUGGGUUUUUGAAUGAGGAUGUUCAGGGAAUUGAGGAUGUGAAGAGGGAUAGGAUUACUGAUGGUUAUGGAACCUCUUAUCAGCCUCCGAGUACCCUUGAAGGUUGGAAUUACACUGCCAAGAAUUUGUUGAUGUAUCAUCCUGCUGAUCGGGGUGAGGUCCCUUUGACUGAGGAGGAAAGAGCGAAUAGAAUUAAAGCCGCCACAAAGGAGAUCAAUCGCGGGAACACUAGGUUUCAUGGUAAAAUGAUGGAUUCUAGGCCCAAAGAUGAUGGAACUGUUGAGGUGCUUUAUACGCCUGUUGCUGGCGCUACGCCAGGGCCUAUGUCUCUUAGAGAAGGGGAUAAGUUAAAGAAGUAUGAUUUGGAGGAUUUGAGGAAAACUCCGAAUCCGUUUUAUUUAGAAUCUGGGAAGAAAGCUGAGAAUGGUUAUAGCUUUGUUAAGACACCGUCCCCUGCUCCGGGUGUUGAUGAAUCCCCGUUUAUUACUUGGGGAGAAAUUGAGGGGACUCCGCUGAGGUUGGAUCUGGAAGAUAUACAGCUUGAUAUUGGUGGUAGUGCUGAUGGACCUCAUUACAGGAUUCCUUCUGCGCCUACAAGAGAUUCAAAGGCACACUCUCUUUCUAGGGAGGCUGCACGCAAGAUAAGGGAGAGGUCAAAGAUGUUUCAUAAGCCCCCAUUGGCAUCACCGGUUAGAGGGGGGAGUGCCAGUCCAAGCAUGCGGACAUUGUCUCCUGCAGCUCAGAAGUUUGUGAGGAAUGCGUUUGCCAAGUCCUCCUCUUCUGUUGAUGAAACACUUCGGGCAAGUUACCGCGGUUCUACUCCUGCUUUGGCUACACCUACAAGUGUUAGUAGAAGUGUGUCAAGGUUUGCUAGAGAUGGGAGCUUGGCUUCCAGGUCUCCAUCUGUUAGAGAGGGCUCCAAUCCUCCCUUGUGAUAUGUUGUAACAUAUUUUGAAACAAUGAUAAAGUGACUAUGUUGUAAUUCUUCAAUUGCAUUUACUUGCUCUAAAUAAAAUAAACGAUUAAUAGCACUAAGGGAAGGGUGUUUCCAUAGGGAUGUUUUACAAUGUUGAAGGGACAAGAAAGCCACGGAAGCCAUUGAUUGUGAGAGAGGCCCGAGGCGUGUUCCCAUUGAUCAAGUCAGUAACUUGUUCGUGGUCGUUGUUGCUGAAAACUGAAAAGAUAGUCUCCAUUGAUAAUGUCAGUUGCAUGUUUAUCUA